GAUCAUUUGAUCAUAUAAGUAAUUUUAGGACUUAGUUUUUCAAGCGUGUCAUUGAUUGGAAGAGUUUGAUUUCAUCUUUCACCAUGUCUUCCUUAAGCAGUGACAUAUCAAAGACCAUGUCAAAAAGUGUCCAGAAGUUACAAGAUGCCCUCAACAUGCACCUUGACGCUACAGAGAAGACGGAAUUUGUUGGCAUUCUGAACCAGUUUCAAACGUCAAGAAACAUGCAUGACUUCACAAGGCGUUUAAAACAACUACUGGACACACCAGCAAAACGGCAGUUGUUGAAGUUGAUAAAAAAGAUAAUUCCAAAAUCUGACGUGGAAGAUUUUGAACGCUCAGUUCAAUCAGAGGCCAGGAAAUUUGACACAAUGCCUGCCAAACGUGCAAAGAAAAUGCAAAGGACUCGACCGCCAUUGAAUUCUGAUGAUGCAAAUAGAAGUUUGUUAUCAUUAGGGAAACAGAAAAAGCAGAAGAAAGAAAAAACAAUCAAAUUGAAAGAUGAAAGUCAAAGUUCAAAAAAUAGUUUUGACCAAAAAUUACUAACAUACAAUCCUGUAAGAGCUGUUAAGACAGUGAAAUCAGCUUUAAAGGCAGGCAAGUGCAAUGAAAUUAAAAGAAUUAUAAUGAAAUUAUCAUCCGAGUUAGAUAAAGGUUAUGGAUUAAGUAUCCGUGGUGGUUCUGAUUUUGGAAUUGGAGUGUACGUGUCGAUUGUUGAUAAGGACGGCCUGGCUGAACUGAAUGGUGUAAUGCCUGGGGAUCUCAUUCUAGAAGUGAACAACACAAGUUUUCAAGGAAUAUCACAUAAUGAUGCAGCAGAGGUUAUCCGUAGUGCCCGCAAACUUGACAUGAAGAUAUGUCGAGUUGGGCGGAUACCAGGCACCUCUGUUGUACAUGAGAUGUAUAGAUGGGUGGACGGGGGUGGACGAACGACGUCCCCACCACCUGAGUUGGUGAUUCUGGGUCAGAGGGAGGGGUCAGGAGGAAGGAAAUCAGGAUUCGCUUUGCUAAAACCUGGACUAGAAGAGAGAAAGGUGAAUGUGACAGUAAACAGCGGUCAGGGCCUGGGACUGAUGAUACGUGGUGGACGAGAUUUUGGUCUCGGUAUUUACAUCUCGGGAGUUGACUCCAUGUCUAUUGCUGACAAAGCAGGGCUCAAGGUUGGAGACCAAAUCCUGGAUGUUAAUGGCGAAAGUUUUCUUGACAUCGGACACGCCGAUGCGGUCAGAAUCUUGAAAAACUCCAAACAGCUAGUCUUUACCAUCAAAGAUGUAGGGAAACUACCUUUUGGCCGGACAAAGAUUGACAAGAUGAGUUGGGUGAACAGGCAGGGCAGACGUCUCAGGACAGAAAGUGGGAAUUCAGACAGUUCUACAACACAGGAGAGUCAGAAUUCCUAUUUUCGUAAAGGAAUUGGUUCCCAGCUUAUGCUGAAUACAGGAAUCAGUGCAGAAUGGGACAUAAUUGAGCACAAGGCUUCUGAGCUUCUAAAUGAGACAGAGCAAGGUACUCUGAGGUACUACCUCAGCGAGUACCAAGGUGAAUUCAUUUCCGUGGACGGGCUGGCCAUGGCAUCAUUUGAGUUGCUGAAUACAAAGGCAAAGAUGACAAUGAUGCCUGAAAUUCGGAACUGGGUUCGGGAUGAUGACCUAGAAAAGUUUGACAUUCUGCUGCAGAGGAGAGAAGCUCAGAAAAGACACGGAUUUUUACCAACCAGUCACAGCAGCCAUUCAUUGGACAAUCCAAGACACCAUCGCAUGAGGCAGUCAUGGGGGCCAGAAAAGACACUUAUGAACUCCCAGUCUGCUUCCACAUCUCGUUCAGCUACAGUGCGGGAGAAGACGUCUCGCGUUCGUCGCCAUGUGGCUGAGUGGGAGCUUGAACCACUACAUCAGGCAAUAGAACAGAUAGAAGAUGAUUCCAAGUUUGUGCAUCAAAAUUAUCAGUCCUCCCGGCUAAAAUCUGCAUCCACAGAACAACUUAAUAGGCCUGGACCUAACCUGUUAAAAUCAUCUCUGUCAUCGAGGCGGUCACUCUCACAGGAGACCUUACCAGUCUACAUAGACAUCACUUCAGAAUUGCAUGGCACAUCAAAAGCGUCUGGCCAAUCCAGAUCAAACAGUGCGUCUCAGGGACCCAGACCAGCAAGCUCCUAUGCACACAGACAGCGAUCAGGGAGCAACAGUUCAAGUUUGAGGAGGAAAUACAAGUCAGUGGAGGACAUUAGACAACCACCUCAGCGCAAGAAGACAACACCAUACCAUUCACUGAGAGGGAAACCACUGGAUGUGAAGAAUAAACUGUCGAGCCAUUCAUACACACAUUUACUGGACGCUGAUCCCAACUAUCCAGAUUCUCCAAGAACGACUGUAAAUGGGAACAUAGUGUUUGCUGAAGUUCAUGAACAACCUAGGCCACCCGAUGGAUCUCCUAGUGACGAUAGUGGAGUGGAUGUGAAUGGAACACAUAGCAAUGAUUUACACAGGUUUUAUAACAACAACUUUUCUCUGAGACAAAAGAGAGUGACCAUAUCAAAUGACAACCCAAUAGACAUCGAUGAAAUUUUAGAAAGCCGGACUUUCAUAGUACCCAGCCCACAUGAUAGCCGACAUUCAACUUUAACCAAUAGGAGCUUUCGAUCAAUGUCACAUGAUAGUAAUCACUCAACUCUGACCAAUCAGAGUAUCCGUUCUAUGUCACAUAGCAGUGUCCGAAGCAACCAUUCAAAUUUCACCAAUCAGAGCAGACGUUCAAGAGCAAGUGUUUCAACACUGACCAAUCAAAAUGCAGGAAAAAUUAUGACUCAUAAUUUGAAUAAUGUGAGUGCAACAUCAUCACCAAAAUUAAGUGGAUCAGUAAGCAGCAGAAGAAGUGCUCAGUUAAGAGCACCAGUUCAGAUUUUGAUAAAUGAUGGUGAAGGAUCGAUCGACUCUGCUAGCUAUAUAGACAGCCCUGCGUCUCCAAGAUUUAUAAAUCAAAAUCUUCAUAAAAAUCAGACAAAAGCUUUGAAAAAACAGCCAAAAGGGAGUUAUGGAAGACAUGCUGUGUCAAGAUCAAGGUUUAAACAUAGACAAAGUAUGUAUGAUCCCCAUGACGGGGACGAGGAAGACGAUGAGGAAGAUAACUUUGAAAUUAGUUCCAACGUGGGGGAUUACUCUGAAUCCUUUAUCAGUCCCAUUGAUCAGAUCUUGGAUGAGGAAGACUCAUAUAGUGACUUGGAGCAUCGUCACAUAGAAGAGUCUAGGAAGAAGUAUGGGAACAUUCCUUUGAGAAUGGUGUACAUCUACAAGACAAAACCAACACUGGGCAUGGCAGUGGAAGGGGGAGCUAACACCAGACAGCCCUUGCCAAGGGUUAUCAACCUCCAGCCUGGUGGGUCAGCCUAUGAAUCUGGAGGUCUCAAGGUUGGUCAUGUGAUCUUAGAGGUCAAUGGCCAGAGCCUUCAGGGCUUGGAGCAUGUCACCGCAGCCAAAACUAUUGCUGAAGCUUUCAAGGACAAACUGGAAGACAGUAUUGAACUACUUGUGACUGAGUCUAAUGCAAAGAUUAAAGGAAUCCAUUGAAAGUGCAAACAGUAAAACAAAGUUGAUAAUGGACUUUGUGUUAGGAAACUUUUUAAAUACAUGUAACAGUUACCGCAGUCAAAACCAGUGAAGCUUUGAAGGUCAAGCAGAGAGACAGUAUUGAACCGUUUGUGACUGAAUCUCAGGCAAAGAUUUAAGGAAUCCAUUGAAAGUGGAAACAGUUUAACAGUUUUUGAUUUUGUGUUAGAAAAUAAUAAAUGUUUAAAGUACAUGUUAUUGCAGCCAAAACCAUUGCUGAAGCUUUCAAGGACAAGCUUGAAGACAGUAUUGAACUACUUUCGACUGAGUCUUAUGCAAAGAUUAAAAGAAUUCAUUGAAAAUGAAACAGUUAAAUGAUUUGAAUAAAAAAAUUUUUUUUUAAAGGAAUAUCAUUUUUCAAGUAUGUGUUAUUGCAGCCAAAACCAUUGCUGAAGCUAUAUAAACAUCAGAAAUGGUUCUGUAUAAUCUUAACAGGUUUGCAUAGCAUAAGUAUUUAUAAAACUCUUUUUUUAAACAGAGCCCACAAGGCCUGAUUUAUGGAUUGUCUGACUCGUUUGCAUCCCCUGUUUAUUGCCCAUGUGUCACAGCAGGGUUCCAAACUUCUUGCAUUUUAUUUGUGCUGGCUAAUAGCCAUUUAAAGCUGCACUCUCACAGAUUUACCAUUUUGACAACUUUUGUAUUUGUUUACUUGGAAUGAGCCAAUUUUUGCGUAAAUAUAUGAAAACCAGUUAUAAAAGACUGCUAACAAAGAUUAGAUCGCCGUUUUUCAUACUCUCGGUCGAAAAAAUAAUGAUAUAUGGCUAAAAAAGCCUAACUAAUGCUUUGCGAAAAAUGCAUAAAACAUCAUUUGUCAGCAGUCUUAUAUCAUUGGUUUCCAUGCAUUUUCGCAAAAAUUGGCUGUUCCAAGACAAAAUAUUCAAAAAAAGUUGUCAAAAUGUUCAAUCUGUGAGAGUGCAGCAUUAAGACUCUGUUAAGAGAAAAAGGACAGCAGUGGUUUUUCUUGAAAUUAUACAAAAUGUACAAAAUUAAACAUGUCACCACGGAUAAUGCUCAUUCAAGUAAUACAGUUAACAACUCAUACUUCUUGUACCAUUCCAAUAACAUGUUUAUAUAUUAUAUAAUAAGAUUAACAUACUUCCAAAUGAUGUAUUAACAUAUCAUCAAACAAUGAAUUAAAAUAUCACUUUUUAGGAUAAACAUAUCUGACUUCUCGAUAUCAUCUCUGAGUUUAGUGUCUUAACAUAAAACAUACGGCAGGUAACAUUAUGCAGAAAAUACAAUUAUUAUUCUCAAAAUGUCCCAUCUUGCAGUGUUACAAAUCAAAAUGAUGUUUAUUAAAUUAUUACAUUAACAUAUUAUAUUGUAGUUUAAAAAUAUUUUUUUCUAUAAUCUUACUAGUUUUGAUGAUAAAGUUUAGUGAUUGAUCCAAUACUCUUGACCAAUUAAAUUGCUUUUGUGUGCAAACAUAAGCCAAAAGUUGUUUUACACUUGGCUGCAGUACAACAAUUCACAUAAAAUGAGUAUGAUUUAUUUAGUUCUUUGUAACAUAAUGAUUUACCAAUGAAACAUUUUAAAAAUAGUUUAUGAUGCUAUGGACUUUUUAGGAAACAAAACUCAUGUCUAAAUGUGUUGAAAUACAUUUUAGUUGAAACUUCUUAAAAUCUUUAUUUACAAAACAUAGUUGACAUAUAUAAUUUGUUAAUUGUUUGCGAAUAUUCUGUUUUAACAAUACUCAGGAAAGCUGAUAUGUAGCGAAAUUUUAUAAAAUAUUGUCAUAUUCUUCCUUUGUUGCUAUUUAAAAAUAUGUUCAUUGAAUCACUUAUUUGUUGAAAUUCAGUGUUAAAUUGAUAUUAUUAAUUUUGAUAGUUAUUUUAUUGUAUUAUGUUUUGUUACAAAAACAUUUGGAUUGGAAUGUUGAUGUUCACGUUUUAAAUUUUAAU